AUGUACGUGGAACAACUGCGGCGCGGAAUUGAAGAGCAGGAGCGGCGUGUGUCGGCUCUGCGACAGGAGAAACAAUACCGCGACUCUCUUCUUAGUGAAGUUCGGGGGUUAAUUAACCACGUGGAGCCCCAUUUGUUUCAUGAGCUCAAUUCGGACACGCAGGAACUCCUGCACACGCUCGAGAAUAAUGUGUCGGUGCGUGGGCCGCCGACGAAUACCCUCAGAGGCUCCGGCCCACACGACUUGGAUUCAUCCACGAUCCCUCUGUUUAGCAAAGAAAUGGAGGAGCGCAUCAUGCAGAUCGAGGAGCAACCGCCACACAGGGAGCGGCGUCCAAGACACCAACGGCAUGGCGAAAGGAAGA